AUGAGACGCGAUCUGUCGCCGGUGGAACGCGGAAUGCCAAUGUGCCUCCGAUCCUGUUUGCACCAGAGUUCGACGGCGCAACUGGUGCGGAAGAAAACCGCGAUGAGUUAGACCCGCCGACAGUUCGAGAACUUGAACCAGCUGCGGACCCGUUGCAAAAGACGGUAGUGAAGGCCGUGCGAUUCGCGACAGAUCUAGUUUCUUCGCCGUCAGAAGUAGGGGAGAGCGUGCCUGUUGCAGCGGUGCCGGACAAUAUUAAAGCUGCCUCGGAUGGUGCAGCUCCACAGUCAGCCAUUGUAGUCACCGGACUGCCAGUGGAUGAUCAGAGUAAAAACGAAGACUCCUUUCUCUCAGCUUUCCAGAACGCCUUUGGAAAGCAAGACUUUUCCAAGAUCCACCAAAACAUUUUCGGCGAGGAAAAGAAAGCACGUAAUGAGCCUGUGAAGGCGAACGCGGACGCUGGCGAAGCUGCGGAAGACGAGAAGCCGCAAAGUACCAAAAGUGUCGGUGCACAGUGGGAUGCGCAUGCCGAUCAAGGCACAGGCACUGCCGCAGCUGCUUUCUCGCAGCAGGCAGUGGCGGCGUAUAACGCUGCGUCAGCACACGCAGACGAUCACAGUUACCACUACCCUCCGGAGUCGGUUGAGGUCCAGGGUACGGUGGUGAAAGACCCAAAUACGGCUAGUAAUAAUGCAGCGCAAUCGUACGAACAGGUGGUCUAUCCCGGUUAUGCAGGUGAUACGGCAGACGCAGAGAAGCCGCAGUCUACUGCCGCUGCAGAAGCUGUACAACCCCCCACCGACUCUUUCUUCUCCGCAUUUCACAAGAUGGUCACCAGCCCGUUUCGCAGCAGCAAGCAGUUCCCGGCCGAUGUCACCCUCCUCCCGUCGACGCAACGGAAACGCGAAGCCAUCUGGAGCCCCGAUCGGCAAUUCCGACGGCGUAGUACACGGCCGGAGGGGAAGAGGGGCCCAAUCCCGCACUGGUCGCGCAGCGGGGUGAAUUUCGCUUCCAGGGUCGUCGCUCCGAAAGUGUUUCCGCAGUUAAAGCAGACGGUGCUCGAUCAGCUCGGACAUGAUCUUCAUGAGAACAAACAGGAGGAAGAGCUGGUUGUGGUUUCGCAAGGACCUUCGCAGUGGCAACAGGGAAAAGUUUUGGUGAACAGCGGACUGGAAAACGCAGGGCUGUUCUACGCUCCGAAGACGUCGAAAAGCCGGUUUGAAGAGCACCGGCUCAACCCCCUGUUUGGCGGUCGAGACGCUAUCCACAAAAACGACGAGGCGGGGAUUCUGAAGAGGGCGGUGGAUAUUUUCGUGGAGCGCAGCGCUGCCGUGAUCAAGAGUUUGGACGAGGAUGAGGAGUCGAUCUACAGUCUGACCGAGGACGGUACGAGACGGAAGAGAGGGAAACUAAAUCUUCGCGACGAUGCAGGAACUACAGAUGGAGCAGAUCAAGUACUGGGCAAGAAGAAAUACAACGAGGAGGACUUCGAAGAUUGGCUGAAGGCGAAGAGUGCUUCGCAGGCAAUUAUUAUACAAGAAAAAAACGUUGUUAGUGUAAAUUUGUGUUGCAGAACAUGCAACAGAGUUACACCUGUCAUGCCAGACAGCCAUGAAGCCCUCUUUUCAUGUGUGUUUUGCCGUACAAGCCACGCAUGACAGGUUUUGUCUGUCAUGUAGAGCAAAUUUGUUAUGCUGUUCCUCAAAGAAAGUUACACUUACACGCUUUUUUUUCUGGAUAAUUAUGGAUGCGCCGGGCAUGAUGGACUUCGAAAGGGCGCAGCGGAAGUACGAGCGGGACGUGAAGCGGACCUGGGACGGCAUCCUUCGGGGGAAGAUUAGUGACGGCAAACUGGAGAGUACGGUGACGGAUUUGGUGCGAAGGGGAAAUGAAUUGGAGGAAGCGAAAACCUCAUCAAGCGGCAAGAAAGCGGGAGCUGUUGCUUCUGGUGGCGCUGAUGUUGAGAAGGGCAAGGGCAGUGUCGAUGCGGCGAGGAAAGCGGUGACGAAAGAACUUGGCGGUGCCUACUCUGGCAAGUUGUUCACUGCGACGGAUGAGCCCAGCACAGCUAUAAGCACGGCAGGCACUCUUUCUUCUCCUCCUAACGAACAGAAGCCACUAGGAGCUCCUACGCAAGUUAACGCGCCAGAGCAGAAAUCGUGGGCAGCCUUUCUCCCCGACAAAGACGAAACAAGGAGGAAUCAGGGACGAGAGAAUGGGCUUCUCACCGACGCAGAGCGCAGGCGUAGGUUCCUGGAGUGGCAAGGCCGUGGAGACUUCGAAACGGACGCAACGGCUACUCUCGGCCCGUGGCGCAAUAUGGUGGAUAAGCAAAGGCGAAACGACCCGGAUCCUUUGUUUCAAAACCAAAGCGCGGAACCGCCGUUCGACGCACAGGACGCGGCUUUGCAGGAAGUACGACGGGACAUGGAGAUAGCGAGGUUGGAGGAGCAGCGGCAAUCUUUGAGGAAGGAAAGAGACCACGACCAAGGAAGUAGAGGUUCUGUUACAGAAAAGGCCCAGCCUGCUGCAGUUCCCCCUCGCUGGACGGCUGAAGAAACCGCGGAUAUGCAACAGGUAGUGGAGAAGCCGUAUGUCAGAAGUAGUAGAGAAUCCGUGGUUUCGAAAUCUCCGACGUCUCCGGCGCGCAGUCCUAGUCCGGUUGUGCAGAAAACAUAUGGCAAUGGGAAAUACUUUUUUCUGAAAACUUUUUUUUUUUGCCACAUAUAAAUUACCCGUCGCGGUGAGUAGAUGGCUUUUUGCCGGCAAAAAUCGACUGCGUGGCAACAGCGUCUGCAGUGGUAUCCUGAGCUCGCUAGCCUGACGGCAAGAAGAGUACCGCACUCGGGGCUCACUGCGUCAUGGCUUUGGGUCCGGCGUGGCCGGCGUAGAUGUCGGAAUGCCAGCCCCUACAGUGCUGCCGCUUUAAUGAAAGCAAUACGCGGGCAGCCCAAGGCCGGACGUGCUGCGGGUUGGAGCCAACAGCAGGCCCACGCCCCAGCAGGAGAAACAGGCGCCCGCGCGCAAUUUCAAAAUAAUUCAAAUCCAUGCGCAGCAGCGCUGACGACAGUGAUGCCAGGGCCGCGGCGCUCCUCCGGGCCUGGGUCUCGGGGUGCGGUUCUUCGCCCCAGCCUGCUUUGCCAGGAGGCUAGCAGAGGUCCCUCCUCGGCUGCAAGUCGAAGUCCUCGGGGGUCCCCCCAAGGGGUCCUUCAAACCCCCCCCCCCUUUUGGGGCCUUUGCCGAGAGCUACUCCCCAUUGAUAUCUCCACGAAGGGGGGUCCCCCAAACCCCCCCCCUCAAGGGGGGGCCCGGCCGCGCUUUUUGUUUCCGCAAGUUUGCGGCUUUUGCAAAAAUGUGUCUGGAACACUGACAGCGCGAAUUCGGCCAAGACGGGGAUCUGUACAGCCUGGCCCGGAACAAACCCAAAGGCGCCGAAGUUCUCAGCCUGAUCUGUAUUUGUCCAUUGGGGCACUUCGAAAGCUGGGGCGGGCGACGUCUAGAGGCCACGCGCGUUUCAGACAGCCGCAUCUAAGCGAGCCAUUCAGAAUUUCGCUGACUUACCCUGAGCCUCCGCCCCAUACACAAAGGCCGCGGUGGGGGCAUUGUGUGUCAAGUACCUUGCAGCCAGAGCGCCAAGGACCGAAUCCAUGGCCGCGGCUACUCCGGAGGCCGCAUCUCUUUUGCGUCCCAGGUAGCUAGCUAAGUACCAAGAGCCGUCUACCCGCUUAGACAGAUCUAUUCUGCGCGUGCCCGCUUGUAUGCCUAUUGAGUGCCGUGAGUGUAAGAUCAUAUGUGGCGAAAAAAAAAGUUUUUUGAAAAAAGUAUUUCCCAUUGCCAUAAAACAAAAUCUCCGACGUCUCCGGCGCGCAGUCCUAGUCCGGUUGUGCAGAAGAGAAUCCGCCGCGUCACGGCGGAUCGACAGUGGGUGAACAGUCCGCACUUCCAUCGGUCUCCGGACGGGAGUCCAGCCGAUGGUGCUCGCGGAGUGCUGCACUGGGCACGAGACGCCAUGACCAGCAGCAAAAAGCCUGAUGGCGAUUCUUUGUCUCGAAGCCGGCUAGACGCGAGUAAAGCUAGUGUAAGUAAAGAUUCGCGAUAUCUGCUUACACACAGCGAAGGAAUGCAGCAUGGUCGUGGCCACCAUCACCACCACCACCAUCACCAUCAUCACAGGGAGCAUCACCAUCAUCGUCGUGACGACAAUAUUCUGAAGCAGGUGGAGUGGACACUGUCUCAUCGCACAAAGAAAGAGAUGGAAGACGAAGAGAUCAAUGACUUACUGCAGCAAGAUCAGCGCACCUUCUUUGGCAUGGAAAUGUCUGCGCGCGUCGACGCCUCGUUAAACGAAAAGGAUUGGCUGCGGAAAGAGUGGAGCUAUCGGUUUCCAAGGACUUCUACACCUAGCUUCGGUGCAGGCGGCUCUACGAGUGGAAGACCGUCGCAUCGUGAGCAGAAAUUGUCCGGCACGCUGAAAACUCGGGCGGGGGGACCCGCACCCCCGAUUGUUCCGGUUGAUGAUGAUGCGAAGGCGGGAGAAGCGGAACACGACGCCUGGAUAGCACCGGAGCCGCAGAAUGGUAGAAAGCCCAGAAUCGUUGACAAGAGCGUGCAGUCACCGCCACAGAAGUCGCCAGACCACCAGAAUGCCCUGGCUUUUCUUCCCUCUCCCAAAGAUUUGCGUGCAGCUUUGCGCGCGGUGAGGCAGGAGCUGCUAUUGCAGAAUCUGGAACGAGGUAGUAGUUCAUCAUCCAGCAGCUCUUCUUCCAGCUCGAGUAGUGCUACGGGGGAAUCGGCAACCGAGACUACUGAAGAAAGCAUCGACAGCUCGGAAAUAUCGCGCCUUGCGAGCAAGAUCGCGGACGAGGAAAUGAAAGAGAUGGAAAAUGCAGAAGAAACAGUAGGAGGAGUCCUCAGCGACGCGGAGACUUAG